AUGGCGCGCAAGACGACGCUAGAAGAGCAGAUGCGCAGCAGCUGGCUACCUUUUGUGAGGGGGCACACAGCUACCUGCUACACCUUACUGCUCUAUCUUAGUCUGUCUGGGCCACGUGUCAACGUACUCAAGGCACGUGUCUUAGGGUCCCGUUCGUCUGCCCGUCGUAAAUCUUUACGGUUGGCCGCUGACAGCAAACAGCUUCCAGCUGCCAACGGUCUUCAGGCAUCUGGAUCGAUAUGCAAACGACAUUCCAAAACUCAAGCUAAUUUAUCCAUUAGACAUUCUCAAGAAUUCACAGCAAUGCCCAGGUUAUUUCCUGGUGUAGAUCAACUUCAGAAGUGGAAUGUUAGCCGAGAAGCCAAAAAGUUAUUAGAAACCGACAAACUGUUGUUCCCCUUGCUGGUAUCUAUGACAGCUGCCUAA